GGGGAAAGGGGUGCACACCGAAGAGCAGUAGACUAUUUCUUUAUCCUCAGCUGCCCACCCAUGCCCACCACACCACCGCCCCUUUUUCCUCUCACUCCCCCACUGCACAGCCCCACUCGCCCACUCGCAACGCCAUGGUGGCGCUCCACCACCUCGCCCUCCUCCUCGCACUGCUCGCCGCCGCCCCCGCCACCACCGACGCACUCACGCCGGACGGGCAGGCGCUGCUGGCCUUCAAGGCCGCCGUCCUACAGGACCCCACGGACGCGCUCGCGAACUGGAACGCCACGGCGCCGGACCCCUGCGCGUGGAACGGCGUCGUCUGCUCCGCCGACACCGGCUCCUCGGCCCCCCGCCGCGUCGUCGCGCUCUCCCUGCCCCGGAAGCGCCUCGUCGCCGCGCUGCCCGCGGCCCCGGCGCUCCCGGCCUCUCUCCGCCAUCUCAACCUCCGCAGCAACCACCUCUUCGGCCCCGUCCCCGCCGAGCUCCUCACGGGGGCCACGGCGCUCCAGAGCCUCGUCCUCUACGGCAACGAGCUCUACGGCCCGGUCCCCGAGGAGCUCGGGGACCUCGCGUACCUCCAGAUCCUAGACCUCUCCUCCAACGCCCUCAACGGCAGUCUCCCGGCGUCGAUCCUGAAAUGCCGGCGGCUCCGCUCGCUGGCGCUCGGACGGAACAACCUCACCGGCCCGCUCCCCGCGGGGUUCGGCCGGGAGCUGGCGGCGCUCGAGCGGCUCGAUUUGUCCUACAACCGCUUCUCCGGCGCCAUCCCGGACGACAUCGGGAACCUCUCCAGGCUCCAGGGCACGGUCGACCUCUCGCACAACGAGUUCUCGGGGCCCAUUCCGGCGAGCCUCGGGAGGUUGCCGGAGAAGGUCUACAUCGAUCUCACCUACAACAAUCUGUCGGGCCCGAUUCCGCAGAAUGGGGCGCUGGAGAACCGGGGGCCGACGGCGUUCGUGGGCAACCCGGGCCUCUGUGGACCGCCGCUCAAGAACCCGUGCUCGCCUGACGCCAUGCCAUCGUCCAACCCGUUCGUGCCCAAGGAUGGGGACUCGUCCACGCCCGAGGCGGCUGGUGGCGGCAAAGGGAGGAACAAGGGGCUGGGGAAGGUUGCCAUUGUGGCCAUUGUGCUGAGUGACGUGGUGGGGAUUUUGAUCAUUGCGCUGGUGUUCUUCUACUGCUACUGGAGGGCGGUUUCAUCCAAGGACAAGGGGCGGGGUGCAGCUGCCGGAUCUAAAGGGUUGAAAUGUGGCAAGGAUUGCGGCUGUUUUAGCAGGGAUGAGUCUGAGACUCCAUCCGAGCAUGCGGAGCAAUACGAUCUUGUGGCAUUGGACCAGCAAGUGAGGUUUGAUCUGGAUGAGCUGCUCAAGGCGUCAGCAUUUGUGCUGGGAAAGAGUGGGAUUGGGAUUGUGUACAAGGUGGUUCUUGAGGAUGGGCUCACGAUGGCGGUGAGGCGUCUUGGGGAAGGUGGAUUGCAGAGGUUUAAGGAAUUUCAGACCGAGGUUGAGGCGAUUGGCAAGGUCCGGCAUCCCAACAUUGUUACCUUGAGAGCCUACUACUGGUCUUUUGAUGAGAAGUUGCUGAUAUAUGAUUACAUUCCUAAUGGCAGCCUCGCCGCAGCAAUUCACGGUAAACCUGGGACAAUGACAUUCACGCCAUUGCCAUGGGAAGCUCGUUUGAAGAUCAUGAAAGGAGUCGCCAAGGGGAUGUCUUUCUUGCAUGAAUUUAGCCCCAAAAAGUAUGUUCAUGGGGACUUGAGGCCAAACAAUGUGCUCCUUGGAACAAACAUGGAGCCAUACAUUUCAGAUUUCGGCCUUGGGCGACUUGCAAACAUUGCUGGAGCAUCACCUUUCACGCAAUCAGACCAAGUUGGUUUAGAAAAGGCUCAGAGCCAGCAAUCAGAUGCCUCAGUGAGCCCUCUUGUGAGCAAAGGGUCAUGCUAUCAAGCACCAGAAGCACUGAAAACGCUGAAGCCAUCACAGAAAUGGGAUGUCUACUCCUUCGGCGUGGUCCUGCUUGAAAUGCUUACAGGCAGAUCACCUGCUGUUCUCUUGGAAACUGUGCAGAUGGAUCUCGUUCAAUGGGUCCAGUUCUGCAUUGAAGACAAGAAACCAUCCACCGAUGUGCUCGAUCCUUUACUAGCCCGAGAUUCAGAACGGGAGGACGAGAUGAUUGCAGUACUAAAAGUCGCUCUCGCUUGUGUUCAGGCCAAUCCUGAGCGGAGACCAUCGUCGAGGCACGCUGCGGAAACUCUGGAGCACCUCAAUGGUUCGAGCUAGACAGGUGGCGAUUUUGGACGGAAUAUGAUGGUUGUACAGCUCAAUUGUGGGGCGAAGCUUAGGAGGGCAUGAAGCUGCAUUAGUUCAGUAAGUAUGUAAAAUUAUCAUUUCCCUAGUGCCCACUGAUUGUCCUGGGCUCUUAAACAAGUUAGGUACUGGCUGGUAUAAUUAGUUUGCUGUCGUGAGAUGUGACUUUCUUGUGCUCGCUUAAUAGUGACAUUGUGGGAAUGAGUAGUUUAACUAUCUGUAUGCAUGCUCUCUGUCAUGAGUGGGCAGCAACUAGUAGAAGUACGAUCCUGAGCAUUUUCUUUGGAAGAUUGGACCAUGCAUGCCUUUCUGGCUA